CAAAGUUCGCCCAUUCUGCAAUUGUCCUUCCUUCCUUCCGUCCGUCCUUGAAAGUGCAGCCAGCCUAAGCCUCAUAUGUAUGACUACGAGGUUAUAAUAAAUGCACUGUAUUCACUUUAGCUUUUCUUGCCGAGUUUCGCUGUUCACUUGCCUCGUACAGUGAGUUGUUUGUUGCAGAUAAUAAAACAUUCUGAAAGCAAAUAUCGUGUGCAGCUUCAUUGGUAAUUGUGUAGCAGCCAUAUUUGGUGACCCUGACGGUAUAUUUACGCGACAUGGAGUCAAAGGACGGAGCGGAACAUGUCACAACUUCAAGCGGGCACAGCGGAGUGACUACAUCGCCAGGGGUACAGAGCUCUGAGAAUCCACCGAUUGCUCCAUUCUACGGUAGUUUCUUGGCGUUGGCUGGAGACGACGGUGUAGUGGAUGCGUGGGACUUGCAAAAAGCGCUAAAAAAGGCUUUCUCACAGGAGUUUGGCGACGAUGAAGGCAUAUCUAUCGAUGUAUGCAAAUCCUUUGUGGCUUUGUAUGAUGAAGAUCAAACUGGCAGGCUCGGCUUUGAGGAGUUCAAGGGAGUUUGGGCGAUGGUCAAGCAGUGGAAGGACGUUUUUACAAAAUACGAUGAAGAAAAAUCAGGUUCCUUAACUGCCGUUGAACUGCGUGAGGCCCUGAAAAGCAUAGGCUUUUCUGUCAGCGACAAGACGUUUGGAUCGCUGGCGCUGCGCUUUGGCAACAAGAAGGGAGACAUCAGCUUUGACGCUUUCGUCGCUUGCGUCGCCAAGAUCACGGGUUUGACUGAAUCUAGUUUCCAUGAGAAGAUGAGCCGUGGAGAACCUUACAACGUUGAUGAUUUCCUGGCAGUGGGGAUGCGCUCCUAGAGAACUCCAGCUGUUUGACACCAACUUCAUGCGUGAAGAACUGUCCGCGAAAUUAUUUUGUCGGGAGAGCAUGUUCCAUUUUUUGAUGAGAAAUCUUCAGUGUAGAUUUUACUUUAAUGAUAAGUUCUUUCUAGGAUUGAAAUAUUAAAUCCAUAAGAUAUAUGAUCAGCAUGCAUCCCUCAAUGUCUCCAUCCUCAAAAAAGCCCAAUUUAAUAUUACUUCCACAGAAACAAAACAUGGCAAAAUAGGCUAUAGUUCUUAUUUUAACUGAGGGAAGAAAAUAGAAGCGUUUUCAGGACCACAGUGUCUCACCCAUAAGGCAACUUAAAUAGUGUGUGUGCAUGAAGGGGAUAUCUUAUGGUGCAGGUAUUUCAAACUCUCGAGGUUUUGCUUUCAGUCAAUUAUUUUUGUGGUGAUGGGUUUUUGUGUGUGUUAAUGUAGUCCUAGUCAUGAAACCAAAACAAAAGGUUUGGGGUCUUCAUAUGUUUUUGUGUAAGACUUUGAUAAAUUACUGGUGUAAGGGCUGUAAGAAGACUAGUGUAUUAAUGAACAUAAGGAAUCGUCGACAUCUUUAUUAUGCCUGGCUUUGGACCUAUAGUGGAAGGACAAUAGACUCCAUUUAGUUUCAGUUGAAAACAUUUUUUAAUCGUUAGUACGCUGUUUGCGAGUCAACCACGCCCCUUAGACAACCCUAUAGAAUUGUGUAUGCGCAUUUGUUUUUUGUCUCAGAUUUUGCGCGUUCCGCGACCACCAUUUUUAUAUCAUGUAACAGGACAAUAUUCACAAGCUACGCAUAGACGCGAUUCUACCGCGAUAGGUUAAUUGAAAAUGGUGCCAGCAAAUGGUAAGGGUACUUGUAUCAUGUUGAUGAAAAUGUAUUUCUCUUCAAUGCAUGAAUUAAUAGAUUUUUAUAGAUUUCUAUAGAUUUAUAAUUUUUUGUGUAGCUUGAGGUAUUAGAAAGGCCUUCAGGCCACAGUGUUCAGGUAAACUUGUUUAAUUCAGGGCAUUUGCCUUUGGCUUUCGUUUUUGUUUUCUUGUUUUUAUUGUUUAAACAUUUUGUGAAUGUUUGUUAUUUGUAUCUGUUUUUAAUGCCGAAUUUCGGUAUGUUUACUAAUUAGACCACGAGCAACAAAAUAUAACCUAAUUGCGACGGUAAAAUUGUGCCUCUAAAGGGGGGCUGUGACAUUAGGGAGACAUGAAAAUGUCGCCCUAACGACAGAUGUCUCCCAUCGUCCGAAGAAAUUACGAUAACGUGUCUCCUUAGUGGUACCAUUACACGUAUAAUAUUAUACAUUUUUACACCUCUAGUCAUGUGAUCAAUGUUAAAUAAAAUCAUACAGA